AUGGCUCCGAAGGCUACACCAAAAAAACAGGAAAAGAAAGUUAGCGAACAGCCUAAGAAGGCAAAGAGUGUUAAAGAUGCAUCUAAAAAGAUCCAAAAGCCUUCAAAAUCUCUUAAGGCUUUAAGAAGUGUUAAGGGCGGCAAGGUGGUUAAGCCUGGGAAUAAGAAUGUCCAAAAGGCACUCAAAGCUCAACGUGCUAUUACACUUGGUACGCACACGAAGGGCAAAAAACGAGUAAUGUACACCACAAGGUUCAGACGGCCGAAAACCUACAAACCCCCGCGUUGCCCAAAAGACAGGCGGUUUUUAAUACCUAAACGAAAUAAGCUUGAUGCUUUCCGUAUUAUCCAACAUCCAGUCACUACGGAAGCUGCUAUGAAGAAAAUUGAGGAUAAUGACACACUUGUGUUUAUUGUUGACAGAAGAGCUAAUAAACCAGCCAUCAAAGCCGCUGUUCAAGAGCUGUAUAACAUUAAAGUUGCCAAGUCUUCAAUGCAAACAGCUGAAGAUCAAGCAGAGAAAAAUGCUUUCAUUAACCUUAAAGGUGGUCCAAAUGAACAUCUACUAUGGGAUCCAGAACCAAUACAUCCUGUUAUACCAGUGAUUAAAUCACAACCAUGGGAACUGAGUACACUACUACUUGAUUCAUGUUUCUAUGCAGUUUUAGCAAUUAUUCUACUGGGACAAAUUCUAAUCCUUUAUAGAGCAUUUUAUAAAUUAUGUGGUUAUUUAAUGCGAAAAUUUGUUCUGGCUGAAACAUCAUCACAUUCAAUGGAGUUAGAAGAUUGGAAUAAAAUACAUAUUGCUAAGUAUACACCAAAUACUGUGGAAUAUGUGAAACAACCGCCUGAGAAAUAUAAUUUUCUUGCUGAAGACUAUAAAGAAUUAUUGAGGAUAUUAAAUUUUAUCGAUGAGCAAAGUCGUGUUUAA